UAAUUUACGGGGCUCAUCAGGCUAGGUUGCAUCGAGCCUGCAUUACUGGGGUCCAUAGAAAUCUUGACAGUUUCACAGGUGAGAGAGACGUCGUGGGUUAAGCUGCUAGCUCCGGGGUUGUUUUACUUUCUCUUUCAGUUCACUGGUCCUACCAUACGCUUCGAGUCUGGGGUUGCCACAGUCAAAAAACACGAACUCCAAGUCCUAUCACCACGGCACCAUGAGCAGAAAGAAAAAGGACUGGAAGACAGAGAAAGACAGAGUGUUGAAUAUGUCAUUGGAGGAGAGGCGUAAGGAGUACCGUCGGUCUGAAUAUGUACCUCUGGACCAAAUCAACACCUGGAAACAGUCUCAGAGCACAGAAGUGACAGAGGAAGAGGAGCAGAAGGACCUUCUGAGAGACAAAGUAUCUCUCUACAAGGGUGACAUCACCAUCCUCGAGGUCGAUGCCAUAGUUAACGCAGCUAACUCCAGUCUUCUGGGAGGUGGUGGAGUUGACGGCUGCAUACACAAAGCUGCAGGCUCCUGUCUGUAUGAAGAAUGCAUCACACUCAACGGCUGUGAAACCGGCAACGCCAAGAUCACCUGUGGCUACGACCUACCGGCUAAAUAUGUGAUCCACACUGUGGGCCCUGUGGCCAGGGGACAUGUGGGUGAAACAGAGACCAAGGACCUGACAGCCUGCUACCAGAACUCGCUGGAGCUGGUCAAAGGGUUCGGACUGCGCUCUGUGGCCUUCCCAUGUAUAUCCACAGGAAUCUACGGUUUCCCCAACGAGCCCGCGGCAAAUAUUGCCUUGGAGACAGUAAAGAGCUGGGUCAAGGAGAACCAUGACAAGAUCGAACGUGUUAURUUCUGUGUCUUCCUGGAGGCGGACUACAGGAUCUACAAGGAAAAAAUCCUUCAAGUCUUCCAAGAUAACGGUGUGACUACAGAAGAGGACACUGAGGAUGGACAGAAGACAGGAGCAGGCACAUCCCCUUCUAAGGAAUCCAGAAGCAAGAAUCAGAGUGAAGACCGCCAUGAUGACGAUGAGCUAGAUCCACCUAAAGAAGACGUUGACAACCAUACAGCCAUGGAGCAAGAUAACCUGGACUCACAGACAGGAGAAGCAGAGGAAA